UGGUUUUCAGUGUUGUCUACCUCGAGGAUAAUGCUGCAUUUAAAUUUUACGAAACAUUCCCGUUUGUUAAAAUAAAAUAGAGGAACUGAAACAAAUCACAAACUUUCUAAAAAAAGCAGAAAUAUUUUUUUAAGACAACUUAGCAUACAACACCAACAAAAAACAGCAAAGAAACACAAAAGAUAAGACAACAUCACUCGAACAACACACGGGCGAGAUGGGUCGAAAUCGGCCUUAGCCUUCAGCCUGACAGCAGAAACAUACUUCAGCUAGCUUCGAGCAUAACAAAAAAAAAAAAAAAAAAACAUUCCCGUUUGUUAUAAGGUGCUAUUUUUAGAGCCGACGAACAGAAAUAUCUGCUGUCUACUCGUUCAGCAGUAAAUUCUAUGUGUUUAUAUUUCGCUGCAACCCUAUCUCGUUUACUCUUGGCCCUAACGUUUUAUGUUCAAUCACGAAGUUCAAUAAUCUCUUGGAACUACUGAAUCAAAAUAGCUUCACUGUGAAGCCUUCACAUUGUGUGAAUGUCCUAGUGACAUUUCUAAAAUAAAUCGAGUAGUUAAAUCUAGUAUAUUCAUUUCAACUCUAACGAGGCGAAAGAUUUUCUGCUGCUAGUGUGAGAUAGGUGCUAUUAGCACCUGUGUUUAGUUUAGCUUGCAUUUCGUCGCCCGAAGUCGAGCUGUUCGGCAGCUGAAAUAACACCGGUUUAUUUCGUAACAUACGUAAAGUGCAAUGAGAAAACUGUUUUAUAAACGAGGUAGCUUGAUUCACACGGAACAACCGUUUGUUUCUGUUCUUCAGUCUCGAUAUAGAGAUGAAAGAUGCGAUGCAUGCUUCAAGCACGAAAAAGUUCUUAAAUGUUCAAACUGCCUGUACACUCGAUACUGUAACCGCUUAUGCCAGAAAGAGGCAUGGCUAGAACAUCAAGACGAAUGCUCCAAGUUGAAGAAAAUAGCUCCACGAUCGGUUCCGGAUGCCGCCCUGUUGAUGUCUCGUAUCAUCCGCAAAUUACAUAAAGGAGGAGAUUUUCAAAAAGGCUACUACACUACGAAGUACUAUCGCCGCUUUGGAGACCUCAUGACGCAUGAAAACGAUAUAAAGGAGGACGAGAAACGAAUGGAGCAUUUUCGAUCGCUGCAUGUAGUGCUUCGGUCACUUGUUGAUGAAACCAUCAUGCCAAGUAAUGUCGAACUGUUGCAGAUAUUUGGAAAGAUUUGCAUCAACAGCUUCAACAUACUGGAUGACGAAAUGAAUAGUAUCGGAACUGGAAUUUACCUGGGUGCGUCGGUAAUGGACCACAGCUGUCGGCCGAACGCGGUAGCCAGCUUUGACGGAACAACAAUUCACGUUCGGUUGCUGGAAGAUUAUGAUAAUAAUACGGGUGGUGAGAUGGACAUAUCAAAAGUCUUUAUUUCUUACAUCGAUCUUAUGGACCCAACGGACGUUCGACGGGGUCGUCUUUGUUCACAGUACUAUUUCGAGUGCAACUGCCAACGAUGUGGCGAUGAGCAAGAACUGAGUUUAAUGAACGCCGGUGCUUGUCCGAACCGGAACUGUGACGAGCCAAUCACGAUGGAAGGCUGCAAUAAACUUGUUGAAAAAUGUCCACGUUGUGAGGUUUCCAUCAAACAUUCUGUGCGAGAAAAAUUUCGUGAAAUUUCCAGUCUGACCAUGUCUCAACUGGCGGAUAUGAAAGACAUAGCAUAUUUAGAUGUUUGCCAGCUUUGCUUGAAAAAACAGGAAAACAUCCUGCACUAUUACAAUGUUUGGCACCUCAAAACUCUGGACCAUGCUUUCGAAAGUGCUAUCAAGAUGAAGAAAUGGAGCGAAGCUAUCAACUAUGGACUUCGCUUGGUAAAAGGAUUCAAAAAAUACAACGGACCGUUCCAUCCACUGUACGGGCUGCUAUUAUUGAAAAUUGGUAAAAUUCAACUUUUCGUGAAACAAGUAGAACAAGCUUUGAAGAAUAUUAAUGAAAGUGAGAAAAUUAUACGUGUAACGCACGGAGAGCAGCACGAUUUGUACAAAAAACAGUUGGUCCCGCUUCUCUGCCAGGCUGCAGAUGAGUUUAAUGCAAUGGAAAAAUAAGCACAAUCUACUGUUAUGUACCUUAUCUUCUUAAUAAAAUAUAAUUUAGAGAAAGA